AGUUCCGUGUUUUCAGAUUCUUCAAGUUGCCCUACCGUGAUGACAGAAGCUUCUGAAGGAGAAAGAUACUGAGAUUCCACAGGAACUCAUUACGCGAGAAGAUGAGAACACUGAAAAUUAAGAAUACACAAACCUAAAGUCACUUUUGGAGAAAUGAGGAUGAAGAGGUUCUGCAGCACAGGGAAGGUGAGAGGAGGCCCCUGCGCCUGGCUCCUGUUGCCUCAUCACUGUUGUAACAAAAUCCCAGCUCUUGGCCCCAGCCCAUCGGACUCUGGCUGAGCCACACUGAUCUCUGCCUGCUCCCAAAACGUCACUGCAUAUGAGAAUUCAGCCACCAGAUGUGGGAAAGCUCCAUUCGAUGCACAGCAUGGUAGCUGCUGCCGCUUAGUGGCAUGAGCUACUGACUGCACAUUUCAUCCACUGUGCUCCCUGUCUUGGCUUAUGGCAGGAUACGAACUGAGACUGAAAUCCUGCAUUCCCGAACCCAGAAUACCGCUAUGGAUCCCAAUACCCCCAAAUUCUCAGUGUGGCUCAGUUCACCUAGGAAAACAACGGUGACCGUCACAGAUACGAUCCGGCCGCACAGGGAGCUGUGCUUUGGGAGACAGUUGUUGAGGCUAUGGGAAGCGUCUGUGAAACACAGGAACCACAACUGCAGAACCAAAUGCCAACUAUUUUUCCUAUGAAGAUUUGCUUUCAGAGUUCAGUGCCCACUAUGAUCCUUCUGCUUGCAAGUGAAAAAGAUAAAACUUCUCAAACUGCCUUUUCAACACAUCCGUGUAAGGCUGUGUUCCCCAUGCAUGACUGCAGAAGCAGCUCAGCUGGCACAGGCUGCUGAUGGCUGCCUUCAUUCCUAAGUGCUGUUCCACAGCGUGAUAUUGGGGUGAUGUAAUGGACUCGGGCGGGACUGCAGGCAGGAGCAGCAGCAUCCACCGUGUCUCCGUGAGGAACGGGAUUUUCUCUGGAAUACAGUGAGAAGCAAGUUCUGCAUCUCAGAAAAAAAUGAGAUUGGCCAGCCUGGUUGAGACCACUUAGCGAUGACAAAACAAAAGCUUCUGCUUGAUGGGACGUUCUCCUUGAUUCUGAUCGUGGCCUGUGAAGCUCAGCAACUUCCGAGGAGUCAUGCUGCCACCAGUUCUGGUCCUCUGUGUGAGAAGGAGGCAGAGUCCUGGGGAAACCUGUUAAGCAGUGAGCGGCUGGAUGCCUGGAUCUGUUCCCUCAUUGGCUCAUUCAUGGUGGGGCUGAGCGGGAUCUUCCCUUUGCUGGUGAUCCCCUUUGAGACAGGAGCUGCUCUACGGUCAGAAGCUGGAUCACGUCGUUUGAAGCAGUUGUUGAGCUUUGCAAUUGGUGGACUACUGGGGAAUGUGUUUCUCCAUCUGCUUCCUGAAGCCUGGGCCUAUACAUGCAGUGCAACAGCAGGAGAAGGGCAGAGCUUUCAGCAGCAGAAGCUUCUGGGUCUCUGGGUGAUCAUUGGUUUCUUGACUUUCCUGGCACUAGAGAAGAUCUUCCUAGAGAAAGAAGAGGAGGGAUGCCCUGGUGUGGGCUGUGAUUACAAGGCCUCUUCUGGAAAGAUUCCCAAUGGAAGUGGCUACCCUCUACCAAAGGCGGCAGGCAAAUCACAAAGAGCAGAAACAAAUUCAACUCAGUGUAACGGCUCUUCUCUCCAAUCUUGUGGAACAGACAACAGAAUCAAGAUAAGCGGGUACCUCAAUUUGCUGGCCAACACCAUUGAUAACUUUACACAUGGCCUGGCAGUAGCAGCCAGCUUCCUGGUUAGCAGAAAGGUUGGGUUCCUAACCACGAUGGCCAUUCUCCUGCAUGAAAUACCACAUGAGGUUGGGGAUUUUGCGAUCUUACUGCGGGCUGGGUUUGACCGCUGGAGUGCAGCCAAGAUGCAGCUUUCUACAGCUCUGGGGGGAAUUGUAGGAGCCUGCUUUGCAAUAUGUGCACAGUCACCAAAAGGAGCAGCGGAAACUGUAGCCUGGAUCCUCCCUUUCACUUCUGGAGGAUUUCUGUAUAUUGCCUUGGUAAAUGUUGUGCCUGAUCUUCUGGAGGAAAAGAACCCAUGGAAUUCCCUACAGCAAGUUCUGCUCCUGUGUACAGGCAUUACAGUCAUGGUGCUACUUGCUCACAACUGACUUCUGCACAGACCUCGUGAUGCCUCCCAGAGCCACCACAGAGACUCUGAGAUGUUACAAAGCAAUAAGGAACACUAGAGUUACUUCCUAUGUGUGUGUGUACAGAUCUGGCUGCUAGUGUGAGAAGCAGGUGAGAGAGGAGGUCUGGGUGUGUAAGACCUGGCUCUCCCAUCCCUGUUCUGCUAAAGUCCCACACAUCAGGGCUUCCAUUAUAUUUUUAAUGGAGCAAACAUUGAGAAGAAUGAACUGAACAGAUGCUUCACUGAGAGUGGAUGAUGUUUCAUUUGGUUUGUUCUGAUGGAACUGCACCUCCCAAGGACUUCUGUGAAAGCAACAAAGGUGGUUCUUGCAGCUGAUGAAGAACUUAUUCUACCACUUUAAGGGCUGGAGACAGAACAGGGAUGGCAAAGCAACAGUAACCCAACAGCUUUAGCCUUGGGUAACUCCUUACCCAUGAGGAGUUACAGUGCUAAGAAAACCUGCUUUACAGAUAGAGAGGAAAGGCUCCUUGUCAACUUCUCUGGCUUUUCAUUGACAUCACUUGUUUCUAAAGGUAGUAUUAGCUUUGGCAGUCCACUUUGGUCUCUUUUGUACUGAUGUUGAAAACAAGCCAAGAACUUGAGGCAUUUCAGAAUAGGUCACUACAGUUAAAUGGCUCAGUUUGGAGAUAACUUGCCUUAGCCCUUGCCACUCCAACAGCCAGCACAGCCAGCUUUUUUCUGAAAAAUAGUCAGAAAUGUUUCUUCUAUUGCCAAACUAUAAGCUCACCUACAUCUGAAAAGAAUGCCACGUAGCUUUUGCUACUGGCUUCCCUCUCCUCGUAACCACUAUCUGAGCAUGGCUCUGAGCCUGCUCUCAAGACCCAGUUCACCCAACCAUUUGCCCCAUGCCGGUCUCAGAGUCUUCCUUAGAUGGAAUGGUUAGCAUGUUAUCUGGCAUGCUACUGCAGUCCGGGACUGCCAUGGCUAAGGUUUGUCUGCGCAGUUUGGACAGUGAUUGAACACAGUACAGACUGGUCAACAGCAUAUAUUCCAGGUUAGUUUUUCCUUUGUUCACUGUAGUAUAUUUAAGGGCGUGCUAUAACCAAAUGGUUGAUUUCUGGGCUUCAUACCUCAUAGUGGAGUUAGUCUGCUGGAGAUGAACGGAUAAGAAAUAAUACUGCUGGCUCUUUAAGCAAGGGCCUCAGCAGCAUGGAAUACUGGAGAGAGGGUGAAAUGGAAAGGGUGAAACUGCUGGUGGAAAGAAUGGGUCUGGAAAAGCUGUGUGGUAAGUAAGGAGAGAAAAUGCAAUAAGCAUGCUUUAAAGUUUUUCUGUUGUACAAUGCUUGGGAUAAAUUUUUUGGCAGUUUUAGGCCAAUAAAAAUGAAUUAUAUUUCUAGUGCUUUGCCUGAGUUGGCAAAGCUGGCAGGGCUGACCAGGCCCUCAUUCUACAGGGAUGUGUUAGUACCACAGAGGUGUGCGCAGUUGCCUUCUGCAGAGCUUAUCCUCACUUUGCAUAAAUCUGUUUAGAAACUGGUCUGAUUGAACUAGCAGAAUCAUUGGACACAGAACAGGUGCCACGGUGUAAAUUGCACCGAUUCAGUGCUGAUUUUAAAUAGCUUUUGUAAAUCAGUAAAAUUCAAAGCCUUUGCACAAGGCUUUGCACAAAGCCUUAUCGAGAGGGCUCAUCCCUUGAGGGGGUUGUUUGGGUCAGAGCAGUGAGACAGGUUUGCUGCCCACAGCAGAGGCAUUUACUUCCCUGAGAGAUUCCUAAACUGUAGACACAGUUAUUUUCUUAUGACAGUUCCUGUCCUACUUUUCAGAGAAAGCUGGAGAACUUAUGCUUGCAGCUCUCUCUGCCCAGGAACUGCUAUCUAAAAUUUUGUCAACGUUCCUUACUCUAGGCUCACGAAAUAACUAGUUUCACAAGGAGGGAAGCUUAGUGCAAUUAUUAUUAUUAUUUUCCUUAAAAGUUGCUAUUUUUUGCCAGCUUAUCCCUCUGUCAUUCAGUUGUUUGAAGUCUGAAUGUAGCAUCCACUUUUCCUGGGAUAAGGAUUAAUCUGAUUAUUCUGCAGGAACUGGGGGACUAUACUAAUCCCCUAGUUCUGGUUUUGUAGUCUCCCCCACUCUCCCUGGGGGCUGAAGCUAGGCAGACCCUGUAGUAGAAGGGCUCUGGAGGAAGAGUUUGCAGAGAAAGAUGUGACUGCUGUUUCCCAAGAUGUCUUUCUUAAAAUUAGAAUGGCAUUUAAUUUAAGUUGAAGGAUUGCCAGGUGAGUGCCUGUGAGUUGGCGUUAUUGCAUCAGCACUGAGUCUUGCCAAGACUAAACCACAGUCAGGAAUUUGUGCUCAGCAUUCAGGAAUGUCAAGUGGUUGAUGCUGAAGAAAGAACUUCUGAGUUGUUUUCCUUGGCUGAUACCAGAGGCCUGAGAGUCUGUAGUUCUUGGGAAGACCCCUGUAGGAGGUAGCAGAGGGCUUAUGGCAGGGGCUGGUUAGUUUUCCUCUAUGUGCAAUGUCAGCCCUGGGGCUAAGGAUGCAGAGCCUUGGGAGGAGAUAGAGCAUCACUCCACCACAUUUGUCACUUUUGGAAAUGCAGAGAGACUAGUAUUUUCUAAGCUUUAUUUUUUCAGCUGCUCUUAUGCAUUUUCCCCCUUCAUCUGUAUUGGUUUGCUCUGCAUGGAGACAAUAGAGAUGAAAUAAAUGGUUUUCAAUGUGGAUUUGUGUUUUUUGUUGGAAUUCAAAUUAUACAUUCAAAUUUCAUUUGUAUUGGAAAUGUAUCUCUGGGUUAGUCUAAACAAGUCUGGACUGUUUUCUUCUCUGACUUUCACAACAGAAGGGAAAGUUUCUAACCCAGUUUGCUGUCCUUGCUGCCAUUGCACUUUGGGUUAGGAAUGAAGUGGUCUGAUCAUAUUUCUUGGUUGCCAGUCUCGGUCCUCUGGAACGUGUCACCAGGUGAGUUACUCCUCUUGGAGAGGAGAAUUUGCAUAGUAACUGAGUAUCCAGAGAGUUCUGCAAAUAGGCCUUUUUGUGAUAGUGAUUUUUUUCCAUCUAAAAUCCACAAAGCCCACCUGGUAGUUACAUUCUUCAGCACUUGACACAGAGCUGGUUGCUUGCCCUCUGGGACAAAGAGACUUAUUCACCAUAGAUAGGAAGAGCCUGGAGAGGAAUAAAGGGAUUUUCUUUACUCUUCAAAAACACAAGUUCAAAGCAUGUCUCUCCCACUCUUCAUUUGAAAGGUUUUCAGGCUGUAAAUACUGAAUGGUAAUAAGUGACUGUCAGCUGAAGACUUCUUUACGAAGAAGGAGAAUGAUAACCAGGGAGUUGGAAGCAAGUAAACACAAGUAAGAGAUGGAGGCCAUGACUUGGUGGUAUGGGGGCUUUGGCUGAGGCUGUACUUCUGGGCUUUUCUGUCCCUGGCUUCACCGUGCUGCCUUCUUUGGUUGGUUGUGGGUCUGUGCUGUGCACUCCUUCCUCAGUCCUUUCUCCCUCUGAAGGCAGAGCUGCCUAGGUGUCUCCACACACAGUAGCUUUUGCAUAAUUGCAGCGGUAACAAUUGCAACUUGGUGGUGGUUUUGCUGGAGCCCCUUCUGAAACUAGAGCCUGAGGAACUGGUGUGUAGUGGCAAGCUGGAGCAGCGGGCCCAGGUGUGCCUCGUUAGUUCAGCAAAUCCAAGUGCAAAGUCUCGCACCUGGGUUGUGGCAAUCAGUACGAGCUGGGGCAUAAAAGGAGACAGCACGGCCCUGCUGAAAAGGACUUGGGAUACUGGUGGAUGGCGGGAGGUCCCUUCCAGCUCCAGCGAUUCUGUGAGUGUAUGAUAAUUGUGCUGUGGAGUUAGGGAAUGCGAAUAGCGUGAGGAUUCUGAAUAUUUUCCAGGACAGUUUUGUUGAAAGAUCGGCGUUGUUCAGGGCAGUGAGUGUCUGAAGGUAAUUUUUCAUUCUUGAUGUGGAAGGCUUGUAAUUUAGCUGGCAGGUGUGAGAAAAUCCUUCCGAGAGCAGCCCUAUCGGUUCCCUUCAUUUUGUCCGCCUUCGGGGCACGACUGUGCAGCCGCACGGACGGUAAAAUCCCACCUGUCCAGAACGAGCUGCUGCAGCGCGGCGCGUGGCAGCGCCGUGCGGGUUGGGGCGCCCCGCGCUUCUGCGGGGCGGCGCUGCGGGGAGAGGAGCGGGCUGUGCCUGCGGGGUCCUGCGAGCCCUGCUGUGGGGUCAGCUGUGUGCGGGGUAGCGGGAGCGCAACAAGGAGGGGGGGAACGGGAACUCCUGCGGGUUCUCUGACCGCAGCUUCAGGCCCGAUGUGGAAAGGUGACGGUCUAAAACGGGGGCUGAGAGCUGCGGCUGGAGGAACGCUGCCUUUCCCUCACGGCUGGGAUUCGGUCCGCUUCCCGCUGCGUAAAAUAAGAGCGUCAUAUUCGGCGCAUUCCGUGCAGCGAUAACGAAGACGCCGGCUGGCGUUUCGCCGCGCGCUCCCGCGGCGCCGGCCCCGAUCCCUGCGCUCUCCUUCCCCCGCCCCUCCCCUC